GUUAACGAAUUUAUAUUUUAUUACAUUCAUAAAAGAAAAUUCAUUAACAAAAUAAAACGUCCUAUCAUUGUUUUAUUUAUAUAUCAAAUAAAUCGUCAAAAAGUACAAAAGUAUAAGUGGAUACAGCGAUGGGAUAUAUAGAAACUUCAAAUUAAAUAAUAUUAAUGGAACAACAAAUGAAUUAGCGAAAAUGAAACUGUUAAUAAUUGUUGAGAGGUGGUACAGAAUAAGCGAUAAAAAAUAAUUGAUUUCUUCUUUAAUUCCAUUACUUAAAAAUAUAAUAAAAUUGGUGGAAAUAAAACUAUUAAUAACGUUGAGAGCGUGUUGUAGAAUACGUGACAAUGAAGAAAAAACGAUUUCUUUUUUAACUUCGUUACCUUUAAAAAGGUUCUUGUUCGAGUUGGCACGAUCCUGAAGAAUGGAGGUCGAGGGUUGAAGGUCGAAAGGAGGACAGGGGUGAGCUUAGUUACAACGUUCCUUCAUAGUAUAAUCUAUAGAGAAGGCCGUGGCAGGGGGAUGUGUUGAAAGAAGCGGGGGUGACGACGCAACUACUACAAAAAGGCUGCAACUCCUUCGAAGGCAACUAUCAAACGCGAACGAACCCCAGUCGCGUGUUUCUUCCUUACCAGGGAGUUGUAUCACCCGAAUGGCCGGGUGGAUAUGGCAGGGGAAUAUUUUCAAACGACGUAUGUACCGGAAAUCAAGGAUGCCGAGAGCAAAGACAGAGAAAGACAACUCGUUCAAGAGGGGACGACUAUGUGGAAUCACCAGAAGGAGGAGUUUCUACGUCAAAAGCAUCGAGAACAACGAGAAUUGCGAGAGAUUCUGGCGAACUACUCGCCUUGGGGUAAACCAGGCGGUGGUGCUCCGUGCCCGGCAACCUUAAGAAAGAAAAACGUACGUCUGGAGCCAUUGGAAUCCGUCAGGAGUCGUACCUCUUCUGGUCAGGAGUUCCCAAGAGGAGUCGGAGCUAGUUGCUGCUCGUGCGAGCUUCCAAAUGCGCACGUGGUUAGCGUAAGCACGCGUUCUUGCACGAAACAACGAUUUCACGUAUCCUGGCCCUGGGGUCGUCCUGGUCCUGGAGGACUUCCUUGGAGGGAUCCGAAGUUAUUUGGUGUGCACUUUUUGGAAUCUAUGGGAUGGACCAAUGACUCGACGAUCCGGAGACUUUAUAAUAAAAGGGAGAUCGAUCCUCUGACUGUUCCAGACAUGAAUACAUUUUUCGAUCCGAAUGCGGAACCGGGUAUAACAUCGCAUUUACAAUCGUCGAGGGAUACGAAAGGUCUUUACAACGAGGAAGUACAGGUGUACAAGUUAACUGGCGGAGUUGAAUUAGUGCCGUUGUUAACCAGCAGACGUUAUCAUUCGCAACCAGAGAAUAUUCGUUAUCAUGCGACGGACAUUACUCGGCCGGGAUACAUGAUAGAAUCCUUGCCUUUGUUCGAAGUCACCACCAACAGAGAGUACAUAGGAGAACUUGCUGAACAGAUACGAUGGAAACGAGAUAGGGCAUGCGAGGAACGCAAUGAGGAACAGGAAAGCUGCAGACGACAUUUCGAUACCUGGCGAAAGCUCUGGGGAAGACCUGGUCACGGCGCACCCAUAGAUCACGUUAAUAGAAAUAAUCUUUAUAAUAUUCUUUAUCGUUCGACUAUUUAUUAAAUUUCUCUUGCCUGAAUUAUAUUCGGUAAUUUUUAAACUAACUAAAUUGAAAAAAA